AUGGCGAAGCAUUUCAAGCUCAGAAUUUGCAGAGCCAUCGCCACCACUCUGCAAUCCUGCCUCUCCAAACAUCCUUCCGAUCUCCCAACAGAUCCCGUCCCUUCACUCUCACACUCCUCCGAUGUCCCCCAACCUCACGCUGCCAAUAACCACUCGCCGCAAUUCAAUUGGCAAAAAGAAGAAAAAUGGCACGUCGUCGCUGAAAUCCCCGCGCCGCCACCGCCGGAGAAGAUCCGCCGCCGCUCGAAGAAGAAGAAACGAUACGUCCCCAGCCGCCUCCGCCUCAGCACUUCCUCCGCCGACAGCGGCUGGUUCAGCACCGAGGAAAUCGAAACCCUAGUUUCCUCAUCUCCGCUAUCCUCCUCCCCAAUCGGAGAAUCGCAUAGAAUUCCCCGCCGCCGGAGCAGGAGAUCAUCUCGAUCGUCGAAUCGAGCGGCGGCGGAGGGGAAUUCGCCUCCGCCGGCGCCGGCGCGGCUGUCGAUGCUGAAGAAGCUGAUUCCGUGCACGGUGGAGGGGAAGGUGAAGGAGAGCUUCGCGAUCGUGAAGAAAUCGGAGGAUCCGCUGGGGGAUUUCAGGAGGUCGAUGAUGGAUAUGAUCGUGGAGAAGCAGAUGUAUGAGAAGAAGGAUUUGGAGCAGCUGCUGCAGUGCUUCCUGUCCUUGAAUUCGAGGAGUUACCAUGGGGUUAUCGUCGAGGCUUUCUCGGAGAUUUGGGCGGAGAUGUUUGCGCCGCCUCCGAUGGGGAAUUACCGGCGCCGGCGGCGGGUGUCGCGAGUGAUAUAUAUAUAUAUAUAG